AGAAAGUGCCACGACUCCACACGCGCGCACGCAGCCAGCGAGCGGCCCGAGCGGACGGCUGACGGGGCGGGUGGCGUCGGGGUCGUGGUGCCUGCAGCUGUUCGGAGGCGGCUUCUCAGCGGAAGCUCGGCCGACUCCUCUCUCCCGGUUCCGCGGCGGCGGCGAAGGCGGCGGCUCCUGCCCUCUCACUCUCCCUCUUGCGUCUCCGGCUGCAGGUGAAAGGAAAGCAAGCCAGAAUGGACAUUUACGACACUCAGACCUUGGGAGUUGUGGUCUUUGGCGGAUUCAUGGUGGUUUCUGCCAUUGGCAUCUUCCUGGUGUCGACCUUCUCCAUGAAGGAAACAUCGUAUGAAGAAGCCCUAGCCAACCAGCGGAAGGAGAUGGCAAAAACUCACCACCACAAAGUAGAGAAGAAAAAGAAGGAGAAGACAGUGGAAAAGAAAGGAAAGACCAAGAAAAAGGAAGAGAAACCCAAUGGAAAGAUACCUGACCAUGAGUUGGCGCCCAACGUGACUGUCCUCCUCAGAGAGCCAGUGCGGGCACCUGCCCUGGCUGUGGCUCCAACCCCAGUUCAGUCCCCUGUGGUUAUUGCCCCUGUUGCCACAGUUCCAGCCGUACCCCAAGGGAAACUAGCCUCCUCCCCUAAGGACAAAAAGAAGAAGGAGAAAAAAGUGGCAAAAGUGGAACCAGCAGUCAGUUCUGUAGUGAAUUCCAUCCAGGUUCUCUCCUCAAAGGCUGCCAUCUUGGAAACUGCUCCCAAGGAGGUGCCCAUGGUGGCUGUGCCCCCAGUGGGUGCCAAGGCUAGAACCCCAGUUGCUGGCACUGCUCAGGGCAGAAAAGCAGAGGGGGCUCAGAACCAGGGCAAGAAGGCCGAGGGGGCUCAGAAUCAGGGUAAGAAGACUGAGGGGACCCAGAACCAGGGUAAGAAGGCUGAGGGGGCCCAGAACCAGGGCAAGAAGGCUGAGGGGGCCCAGAAUCAGGGCAAGAAGGCAGAAGCGGCCCAGAACCAGGGUAAGAAAACAGAGGGGGCCCAGAACCAGGGCAAGAAGGCCGAGGGGGCCCAGAACCAGGGCAAGAAGGCCGAGGGGGCCCAGAACCAGGGCAAGAAGGCCGAGGGGGCCCAGAACCAGGGCAAGAAGGCCGAGGGGGCCCAGAACCAGGGCAAGAAGGCAGAGGGGGCCCAGAACCAGGGCAAGAAGGCAGAGGGGGCCCAGAACCAGGGCAAGAAGGCCGAGGGGGCCCAGAACCAGGGCAAAAAGGCAGAGGGGGCCCAGAACCAGGGCAAGAAGGCCGAGGGGGGUCAGAACCAGGGUAAGAAGGCCGAGGGGGGUCAAAACCAGGGUAAGAAGGCCGAGGGGACCCAGAACCAGGGCAAGAAGGCAGAAGGGGCCCAGAACCAGGGCAAGAAGGCCGAGGGGGCCCAGAACCAGGGCAAGAAGGCCGAGGGGGCCCAGAACCAGGGCAAAAAGGCAGAGGGGGCCCAGAACCAGGGCAAGAAGGCCGAGGGGGGUCAGAACCAGGGUAAGAAGGCCGAGGGGGGUCAAAACCAGGGUAAGAAGGCCGAGGGGACCCAGAACCAGGGCAAGAAGGCAGAAGGGGCCCAGAACCAGGGCAAGAAGGCUGAGGGGGCCCAGAACCAGGGCAAGAAGGCCGAGGGGGCCCAGAACCAGGGCAAGAAGGCAGAAGGGGGCCAGAACCAGGGCACGAAGGCUGAGGGGGUCCAGAACCAGGGCAAGAAGGCCGAAGGGGCCCAGAACCAGGGCAAGAAAGCUGGGGGGGGCCAGAACCAGGGUAAAAAGGCAGAGGGAGCCCUAAACCAAGGGAAAAUGGCAGAGGGGGUGCAAAAUCAGGGAAGAAAGGCAGAUGGGGUCCAGAACCAGGGUAAAAAGGCAGAGGGAACCCCAAACCAGGGCAAAAAGGUGGAGGGAGCUCAAAACCAGGGGAAAAAGGCCGAGGGAACCCCAAACCAGGGGAGAAAGGCAGAUGGGGCCCAGAACCAGGGGAAAAAGGCAGAGGGAACCCCAAACCAGGGCAAAAAUAUGGAAGGAGCUCAAAACCAGGGGAAGAGGGCAGAUGGAACCCCAAACCAGGGGAGAAAGGCAGACGGGGCCCAGAACCAGGGGAAAAAGACAGAGGGAGCCCCAAACCAGGGCAAAAAGGAAGAUGGGGCCCAGAACCAGGGCAAAAAGGCUGAGGGAGUCCCAAACCAGGGCAAAAAGGUGGAAGGAGCCCAAAACCAGGGGAAAAAGGCUGAGGGGGCCCAAAGUCAAGGCAAAAAGGGAGAGGGGGCCCAGAACCAGGGCAGAAAGGGAGAGGGGACCCCCAAUCAGGGCAGAAAGGCAGAUGCAGUUGCUAAUCAGGGCACAAAGGCGGAGGGAACUACAAGCCAGGGGAAAAAAGCAGAGGGGGUCCCCAGUCCAGGCAAAAAGGGAACACCAAACCAGGGCAAAAAGGCAGAAGGGUCCCCCAUUCAGGGCAAGAAGAUGGAUGUGGCUGCUAAUCAGGGUAAAAGGACUGAGUCGGCUCCCAUCCAGGGCAAAAAUACAGAUAUGGUCCAGAGCCAGGAGGCACCAAAGCAAGAGGCACCUGCAAAGAAGAAGUCUGGUUCAAAGAAAAAAGGUGAGUCUGGGCCCCCGGAUUCCGACAGCCCUCUCUACCUCCCCUACAAGACACUGGUCUCCACGGUCGGGAGCAUGGUGUUCAGUGAGGGAGAGGCCCAGCGGCUCAUCGAGAUCCUGUCCGAGAAGGCUGGCAUCAUUCAGGACACAUGGCAUAAGGCCACUCAGAAGGGUGACCCUGUGGCAAUUCUGAAACGCCAGCUGGAAGAGAAGGAAAAGCUUCUGGCCACAGAGCAGGAAGAUGCUGCUGCAGCCAAGAGCAGGCUCAGGGAGGUCAACAAGGAGAUGGCAGCGGAAAAGGCCAAGGCAGCAGCUGGGGAGGCCAAGGUGAAGAAGCAGCUAGUGGCACAGGAGCAGGAGAUCGCGGCCAUGCAGACACGAAUGCAGACCAGCUACCAGGACCACGUGAAGGAGGUGCAGCUGCUACAGGGCAAGAUCCGGACUCUGCAGGAGCAGCUGGAGAACGGCCCCAACACUCAGCUGGCCCGUCUGCAGCAGGAGAACUCCAUCCUGAGGGACGCCCUGAACCAGGCCACAAGCCAGGUGGAGAGCAAGCAGAAUGCAGAGUUGGCCAAGCUCCGGCAGGAGAUCAACAAGGCCAGCAAGGAGCUGCUGGAGAAGUCAGAAGCUGUGCGGCAGGAGGAGCAGCAGCGGAAGGCUCUGGAAGCCAAAGCAGCUGCCUUUGAGAAGCAGGUCCUACAGCUGCAGGUAGCUCACAAGGAGAGCGAGGAGGCCCUGCAGAAGCGCCUGGACGAGGUCAGCCGGGAGCUGUGCCGUACUCAGACCAGUCAUGCCAGCCUCCGGGCAGAUGUGGAGAAGGCCCAGGAGCAGCAGCAGCAGAUGGCUGAGUUGCGCAGCAAGUUACAGUCCUAUGAAGCAGAGGUGAGGAGCAAAGGUGAGGAGCUGAGUGGUCUCCAUGGGCAGCUCAAGGAGGCCAGGGUGGAGAACUCGCAGCUCACGGAGAGGAUCCAAUCCAUCGAGGCCCUGCUGGAGGCAGGCCAGGCCCAGGACACCCAGGCCAGCCAAACGGAGGCAGACCAGCAGCAGACCCGCCUCAAGGAGCUGGAGUCCCAGGUGUCAUGUUUGGAGAAAGAGGCCACUGAGCUCAGAGAGGCUGUGGAGCAGCAGAAAGUGAAGAACAACGACCUUCGAGAGAAGAACUGGAAGGCCAUGGAGGCACUGGCCGUGGCUGAGCGGGCCUGCAAGGAGAAACUGCACUCCCUGACGCAGGCCAAGGAAGAUUCAGAGAAGCAGCUCCACCUGACCGAGACACAGACCAAGGAGGCCCUCCUGGCUCUGCUCCCAGGACUGUCUAUCUCAGCACACCAGAAUUAUGCUGAAUGGCUGCAGGAGCUCAAAGAGAAAGGCUCUGAGCUACUGAAGCAGCCACCAGCUAUCACAGAGCCCUCCUCGGACUUGGCCUCCAAGUUGAGAGAGGCUGAGGAGACCCAGGUCACCCUGCAGGCCGAGUGUGACCAGUACCGCACCAUCCUGGCUGAGACGGAGGGCAUGCUGCGAGACCUGCAGAAGAGCGUGGAGGAGGAGGAGCAGGUGUGGAAGGCCAGAGUGGACGCAGGAGAGGGGGAGCUUCAGAAGUCACGAGCCACAGUGAAGCAUCUCGAAGAGACUGUAGAGAGGCUAAAAGGAGAACUUGACAGUUCAGAUCAGGUGAGGGAGCAUCUGGAGGUAGAGUUGGAGAAGCACAUGGCAGCCGCCAGCACCGAGUGCCAGAACUAUGCCAAGGAAGUGGCAGGGUUGAGGCAACUUUUAUUAGAAUCUCAAUCUCAGCUGGAUGUAGCCAAGAAUGAAGCCCAGAAGCAGAGUGACGAGCUUGCCCUAGUCAGACAGCAGUUGAGUGAGAUGAAGAGCCACGUAGCGGAUGGUGAUGUAGCUGGGUCCCCGGCUGCCUCCCCAGAGGCCCCCCCAGCCAAGAAGGACCCUGUCGAGCUGAAAAUGCAGCUGGAACGGACAGAGGCUGUCCUGGAGGAUGAGCAGACGCGGCGGCACAAGCUCACAGCUGAAUUUGAGGAGGCUCAGGCUGCAGCGUGUCGGUUACAGGAAGAGCUGGAGAAGCUCGGCACCACCAGUCUGGAGUCUUCAGGAACAGAGGAGGCUGCGCAGCUGAAGGAAAGACUAGAAAAAGAAAAAAAGUUAACAAGCGACCUGGGGCGCGCUGCCACCAAACUGCAGGAGCUUUUGAAGACAACGCAGGAACAGCUGGCAAAGGAGAAAGACACAGUGAAAAAGUUGCAGGAACAGCUGGAAAAAACAGCAAACAGUAGCAGCUCAAAGGAGGGCACCUCUGUCUGAGUCUCCUGUGGAAAAAGAAGUUACUGUUCAACUUACCAAAAUGCCUUACACAUUCCUUACAAGUAAACAAACCAGUACAGCGUUAUCCAGGCCCAACUUCGGUAGCUCCAAGAGAAGCCAUGGGAAACAACAGUCUCUUAGAACUACAGGAAUAGAUCUUCCAGAUACUCAGUUUGUAAAAGAACCUUUGUCACAUUUGAUAAACACUACUCCUUGGAAGCAGCCCAGGACCACCACCACCGAGCAGUCGCCAAAGCCCUCAUCAACUAUGUGACAGCCUCCUGGGUGUGUUGUGCCAGGAGGCUGGUUGCUCUAGGGGGUCUGUCAAUCAGUGCAAUUGUCUUGUCUGUUUUCAGUGGGGCAGGGCUGGGAGGUGGGUGGGGCCAGGUCAUAAGUUCUGGAAGGCUGUGGGCGGACUGGAGGACCACAGCCCAGCCUAGCAAGGCAGCAACCCUGCACCCCUUGAAGAUGCCAACCAGGACUGAUGUGUGACUUCCUGGAUGACAAUGCCAUUAAAACCAUCGUUGUUGCCUGGCA